AGAAAGAGGAGAAGGAGGAGGAGAAAGAAGAGGAGGAGAAAGAGGAGGAGGAGGUGAACAACUUACCCUGCUGAGCUCUCUUUGGGGAAUACGUGCAUCAAGAUUUAGAUCUGCAUGUAAAAUCUAUACUAAGUAUCUGCCACUACAGGUCUGACUCUCCCCGUCCUCCGUUGUUUUUGUUUGUUUGUUUUGGUUUUGUUGUUGUUGUUUUUCUUUCUGUUUUCUCUGCUGUGUCAAAGACCAAGACAGAACUAUCUCUGUUUCUGGCUCCACUGUCAGUGAAGGAGUUUUCAUUCAGACUUUCCGAAGGAAAGGUGGAGAAACCUAAAGACUCAAGAGAAGAGAUCUGUUGAGCCAGAUGGUGCAUCAGUUCUUCUGCUUUUCGCAGCAUGGAUAAACCCCUUCCUCAAGGAUUUUCUGAUGUGUCCUGAGGUCCAUGUAACUACAUGGGCUCUUCUUUAUCACCAUAAGUGCCACCCUGACCCAAAACCACUCAGAGCUCAAAAAUCAAGGCAAAAUGGAUGCCACGGUGACAGAUGAUUUUCAACAAAUUCUGCCAAUUGAACAGCUACACUCUACUCAUGCUAGCAAUGAUUACGUGGAACGGCCUCCAGCCCCCUGUAAACAGGCCCUCUCCAGCCCUUCCCUUAUCAUGCAAACCCACAAAUCUGAUUGUUCUCUGUCUACCAUGGCUACUGCUCUCCCUUGCAGUCUCAGCCAGUGCCAUCAAUUGCAGCCCUUGCCUCAGCAUCUGAGCCAAUCUAGCAUUGCCAGCUCAAUGUCCCAUAGCACCACUGCCUCUGAUCAAAGGCUCUUGUCCAGCAUUACACCCUCACCUUCAGGCCAGUCCAUCAUCCAAACCCAGCCUGGAGCAGGAGCCCACCCAAAGGCUGAUGGUUCUCUGAAGGGAGAAGCUGAGCAGUCUGCUGGGCACACCAGUGAGCACCUCUUCAUCUGUGAGGAGUGUGGGCGCUGCAAGUGUGUUCCCUGCACAGCAGCUCGCCCUCUCCCCUCCUGUUGGCUGUGCAACCAGCGUUGCCUUUGUUCUGCGGAGAGCCUCCUCGAUUAUGGCACUUGUCUCUGCUGUGUCAAGGGCCUCUUCUACCACUGCUCCACUGAUGAUGAAGACAACUGCGCUGAUGAGCCCUGCUCAUGUGGGCCUAGUUCUUGCUUCAUCCGCUGGGCAGCCAUGAGCCUCAUCUCCCUCUUCUUACCCUGCCUGUGCUGCUACCUGCCUACCCGUGGAUGCCUCUAUCUGUGCCAGCAGGGCUAUGAUAGCCUCCAGCGACCAGGCUGCCGCUGUAACAGGCACACCAACACUGUGUGCAGAAAAAUCUCUUCUAGUAAUGCACCCUUACCCAAGCCCCAGGAAAAAUCUGUAUGACCUUCCCACAAGAUGGAUCCAGAGCUUUCUCCUUAGCCCCCACCAGUAAAGCAUAGGCCUCAUUCUUGGAUGUGGCAGGGGGAGUAAUAAACUAGCCAAAGUUAGGACCUCACCCCUUUUGUUCCUGCAAUGUCAAGGGAAUGACCAAGAACAUCUUGAUGCAGGAUGCCUUGUUCUUCCUCAUAGUAUCUAUUUCAUUCCUCUUCAAUUGUUUUACACCCAGCCAGUUCAGCUCUUAUGGCUGUCGUGGCAAAUUCAGGUGAUAUGUGGGCAUGAGGUUUGGACACUGAGGACUGACAGAGCCAGCAACGUGGAGGUUUAGGGGCUCCCCAAUGUAAUGCCUCUCGAUGCAGGCUCUGGUUGUCACUCUGCUUUCCACAGUGCUUUUGGAAGCUUUCUUCUAAAAUGGUUUUCACAGGUAUAUGUGGAACAACAUUCAACCUUCCAGGGAAUAUGACCCUUUCUCCCUGUUUACUGCCUUUCUCUUCUUUAGUCAUCUGUCUCUCUUUCUCCUCCUCUCCUUUU